GAGGCGCAUCGAUGAGUUGCGUGAGGGGAACCUCGUCGGACGAGGGAAACGUCCGUGCGUGCGCGCAGCGAGCAAAACCCCAGAAGAUGUUGCUUGUUGCGCCUCUGCAAACGGAGAUCUGAGCGCGCUGACACAUGGAGAAAAUGCCUCAAGAUGAAAAGUCAUGCGUGAGGGGGAUUCUCCUGCAAGCGGCCAGGGAAAGGAACCAGAGAGUUGAUUUGGACCUGGCGAAUACCGGCGGAGACGCGCAUCACGCCACCCGAUAGUGGAGAGGAGAAGACGCGCCGGGGCGCACAGACACCAAAUACCAGCACUCCCUCCUUCAAUAUGGAUGGCUCCUACAAUUGGACGGUGAUACCCAAUAACGCCAACUGGUCCUCCUCCAACUCCACCCAGAACAGUAACUGGGACACGGCGCUAAUGCCCUUCAAUAUCAUCACCGCGGUAGUCUACAUCAUCGUCUUCAUUGUGGGUCUUCUGGGUAACACACUCGUCAUCUAUGUGGUCAUCCGCUACACCAAGAUGAAGACUGUUACCAACUUGUACAUCCUUAAUUUAGCCUUGGCAGAUGAACUAUACAUUCUGGGAAUUCCCUUUCUAGGCACUAAUAGUGUGCUUUCCUACUGGCCGUACGGGGAUUUCCUCUGCAAGGUGUACAUGACUGCUGAUGCCAUGAGCCAGUUCACCUCCACCUUUUGCCUCACAGUGAUGAGCAUUGAUCGCUACCUGGCUGUGGUUCAUCCUAUGCGCAGUGCUAAGUGGAGGAAGCCACAGGUGGCCAAGAUUUUUAAUGCCGUUGUGUGGGUUGUGUCCUUUUUAAUUGUGCUGCCGGUUACAAUCUACUCAAAUGUACAAGAGGAGUUCAAUGCCUGCAACAUAACAUGGCCUGAGCCACAUGAAUUGCAGUCCAUCAUCUUCAUCCUCUAUACCUCCAUAUUGGGCUUCUUUGGUCCUCUGGUUGUCAUCUGCCUCUGCUACCUGCUUAUUGUCAUCAAGGUGAGGUCGGCAGGCGUGCGUGCGGGCCUGACUAAGCGGCGGAAGUCGGAGCGGAAGGUGACGCGCAUGGUGGUGAUCAUCGUGAUGGUGUUUGUACUCUGUUGGCUGCCCUUCUUCACCACCAACCUCGUCAACCUAGUUUAUAUCAUCCCUGAGAACAACGCUGCGGUCUACUUCUUCCUGGUCAUCCUCACCUACGUCAACUCCUGCGCCAACCCCAUCCUCUAUGGCUUCCUCUCUGAAAACUUCAAGCAGAGCUUCCAGAAGGUGCUUUGCUUACAAAAACCAAAGGGCUCUUGCACCACAGGCCAGAUGGACGGUAGAAAGACAUCAUCCAAGGAAAACAACAUUGCUGCUCUCCCACUCCGAAAUUACACCCAGAAUGGAAAUAUGGAGAGCAUUCAGGAGCCUGUCCAGAUGGAAGUUAUUGGGGACCUUGAGCUUCAGAAGACUGAGUUGAUUGGUCAGCCAUGAGUUCCCCCAUGUAUUAGAGCACAGCAUGAUGGGACCGGGGUGAUUUAUUUCUGGAACUUGCAUUGGUAUUUCCUGUCUUCAUGGCCGAUCUUCUCUCACUGACUGACAUUUGAGGAGUGGACCAGCCUUCAUCCCAGAUCUCAGCGUUUCUGUUGGUCCCUCAUGUCGUUGUGCAUUGUACAAACCAUUACUUUAUAUAAAGAUGUUUUUUUUCAGUUUUAUAUUUGAUCAUAUUUAAGUAAGAAAACCCUUGUUUUCUCGUGUGCUUUUCUUUUAUUUGCUGUCAAUGCUUUUUGCUUUUAUUCAUCUAUAUCGUUAUUUUGAUUAAUUCAGUAUAUAAUGUACGUUGCACAGCACUGAGACCUAUGUGAGCAGGAACUUUUGAGUUGUCCUACUCAAUGAAAGACUCGGAUAAACAAUGAGGGAAACCAGCAGUAUCAUUUUUGGAAAUUUCGCUUCGGAACAUCCAGCUGGAGUUACAUGACAAGAAAGAUACCACUUUCAUCUCUGCCUAUUUAACAGGCUUCUAAGCUACAGUCAGAAAGUCUGACCCACCCUCUGUAAAACCGUGGAUUUUUCUUUAUUGUUUUAGCUAUAAUGUUUAAUAAUAAAGUUGUAAUGUUUAAUACUUCUGUCAUAUAACUAAACGCACGAGCAGAGCAAAUGUCACUGAGCCUAACAGCCCAGGACCGCCAUUUCACUGUGACUUAGGACACUACAGAGGAGGGUGUUGAUCUAAGCGUCCUAAAAAACGUUCCGUUUAAGAAGUCAAUCUGUAAAAUGAGUUCUGUGGAAGUGAAGGUUAUGUGUCAUGUGAGCCAUGUUCAUACAGGUCAUUGCAGUUGGGUCAGUGAUUCUUUUUCCCUCAGGCCGUUUUGUGUGCCGUCAUUUGAAACUAAACCGCUGGUCUCUCUUUAUUUUGAACUUGCAGUAUUUAGUUUGUGUCUGUCGGUUGAUUGUAAACGUUCUAAGUGUUGUUUUUUUUAUGACAAUCAUAUUUCUUUUGGCUUGUUUGUCUGUUAGUUUGGCUUUUUGCAACACCUUAACUUCAAUGUUACAAAGCUGUGAAAAAGGCCUAAAGGUAGCUCAGCCAAGCAUUCAUCUCUUGUCUCUCAAAUGUGGAAAACAAGGUGGAUUCCACGGUGAAGGUAAGCCACCGUUUAUCAUGCUGGACUAUGAGCUUUCAUUCGAUGCCAACAUUUUAGGGAAGUUGCUGGCAACACUGGCAUCUCCAUAGUUAUUAAUAGAACCAAGCGAGACCAUGUGAACGGUGUUCAUGGUGAGUGUGCGCUGGUAUUAAAAACUACCCCCUAAAAUGGAGCUGAGGAAACAAGGAUUCCUUAAAGCAGACAUUUCUGUGUGCAUUCAAAGGGGUUAAAAACUUCACAUUAAAGGUCAUUUUAACUUUGGUAUCUUGAAUUCCAUGACAGCCCUAUAAAAAAAUCCUAACUUAGUCCUUCUGUUACAUCAUGAAUAUGAAUAAACGAUCGGGUCCUUUUUGCAUGUUCACCUUAAUUAAUUCAACACAGCGCGGCCGAGGGCUGCCGACAUGUCCUGCGGUCAUGCGCCUGUUUUCGCCUGAAUAACUUUAUUGCUUUUUCCAGUUGAAACAGAGCAGAUCGGCAGCUUUAUGCUCGGAUGGUAAUCUUGCUUCAGUUUAAUUUAAUUCAUUGUCAACAAGUUUGUGUAUUCUUAACGCAAUAGCAGUGCAGAAGAAAGUCAUAUUUUUUUUAUUCCAGGUCAGGUGUAUGGGACCAGAUGGCUUUCCUCAAAAACACAUUUACAUACAUAUCCGAUGUCAGGUUAAACGAAGGGAGGCAGUUCAGAGCUUCCCUGUGAGCCGACUGGUUGUUUGUUAUUAAUGGUGGUGGGGUCUUGUUUCACAGUUUCUUUAAUAAAUGCAACUAAAUAAAA